AUGGAGACCAACUACCCGGAAAUUACAGAUGAUAGCGAUAACCAUUCGUCGGCGGCAUGGUCCUACGCGGACUCGUCUCCCGAGCCGAAUAGCUUCGUCGUCGGGCCGGAUCUGCUUCCCUACCCGGCAAACCCAAUGUCCGUACCCGCUUAUGUGUUCCCAUCCGAGUUGAUCUCAGCGGUACGACGAUCACAGCAGACCUAUAGAGGUGCAGUAGAGAAUACGUCUGCAACACCCUGGAUGAAUUUCAUGUCGCAAGGCGCUUGGAAUGAAGCGAAUCCUCCAAUCGGUCAUGUCCCACGCUACUCGACAGAAUCUCGAGGCAUACAGUCGUGGUAUACUACUCAAGCUCCACCGGCGUACAACAUAUACUCUCAAAACCCUAUAAAUAAUGCUAUAUCCCUGCCGGGUCGAAAUAUGGGGCCGUGGAAUGUGCAGCCUAGUCCUGGAGCGAAUUCGCUGGCGUUCGCAGCUUCAAGCUCGGUACCGAUCUCGUCCGUACAGUCCCCAUUUCACUCUUCAGAGGCCAGCUGGCUCCGAGAAGUCGACGGUGCUUUUGACCGAAACCCAGAUGGUUCAUCAAUACACGAAACCGGGUCCAUCUACUUGGCCGAGAACGAAAGAUACUAUCAUCGGUACAACGAAGGAUCCUACUGGUUUCCAAACGAUGCCGAAGAACAAGACCGUCUCGACUUCCAACAUGCCAUGUUCCGCAUCAUGACGGGCGACAAAUUGGCCCUGGCUCCCGUGAAAGCCCCAAGCAACGUGAUGGACGUCGGCACAGGCACGGGAAUCUGGGCGAUCGAAUUCGCCAAGGAAAAUCCAGACUCCCAAGUCUACGGUAUGGAUCUCUCCGCCAUACAACCGGCCGAACACGGGGCACCCAAUUGUAGCUUCGAAGUAGACGAUGCCGAAGAAGAAUGGGCCGGCUAUCCCAUGUUCGACUAUGUCCAUUUACGAUUUGUCAAUGUAUGCUUUUACAAUCCCAAAGCCGUCAUGGACCAUGCCUUUAGAAAUCUCAAUCCCGGCGGCUGGAUCGAAUACCAAGAUUACGACCCCGAAUUUAAACAAGCAAACCCGCAUUACAAAGGCAUGGCGCUGAUCAGAUGGUAUCAAAUGGCGAUACGAGGAGCUUUGAUGAAGGGAAGGAAUAUAUUGAUCGCGCGGCAGUACAAGCAAAUGAUGCAGGAAAUUGGGUUUGUGGAUGUGCACGAGGAAAACAUUCAGGUACCGGUUGGCAAGUGGAUGGACGACCAACGUAUGAAGACGGUGGGGCAAUACAUGCACAGAAAUGUAUUGGAUGGUCUUCGAGGCCCGUAUUGGAAGAUGAUGAGGGCAGCAGGAUUGUCUCCUCAGGAAAUCGACGCGUUUAUAGCCGAGGUCAGAUCUGAGCUGAGUGACGAAAAGAACAAUAGUUAUUGUCGGAUGAUAAUAAUUUGGGGUCGGAAGCCAUAA